AUGGCUGAAGAGCAGGCGGCACAUCACUUAUUGAAUGUUUUGGAGGAGAGGGGUCUCGAUGCGCAUUUGGAUCUCGACAACGUUCUUCUGGCAUUCGAAGACGAUGACAUAAAGAGGGAGGCUGCGGCAUGGGUUGAAGAGUAUUUGCACGAGGAUACGCUUCUGACAACUGAAGAGCUGGAACUUUAUCAAACGUUGAAGAAGAAGGGUAUUUUGCAUCAGUAUGAGGCGGAAGAAGAACCUGUCCGUCCGUUCAUGGACCGUGAGGUAGCUUCGGCGAUACUGUCAUUGCAGACGUCGACUGCAGCAAUUGAAGAGCAGUGCAGAGUGCUCGAGACACAGAAAGAUGCGCUCAUGAAACUGAAGGCUCUUGAUAGGCCGAAUUGGGAUGUUGAGCAUCAACGCAGCGAAAAGAGACGCAAGGAGCAUCAAGAGAAGGCGAGGCUUGAUGUAACUGUCAACGAUGUGUCUACCACAAUUAGCGAACAGCUCGCUGAUAUCCAGCGCGACAUCGACGCCGUGAAAUCUACCCUCAAAAGCUACCUCACAGAGCGGCUCGCCUCAGACGACCAGAUACUGAGUCGAUUGCCGGGUAUCGUCUCUCAAAUCGUUACUGAGCCUGAAGUCGGCGAGGAUGAAAAGUCCAUCGAGCAAUGGUGCAAAGCCAUCAUCUCGUACCGCACAGCAGAGAUCAAAGCCAAGGUAGACACCGUGUACCUCACCAGCUUGACUGACUAUUCCUUUGAGAGCCUUCCCACUACAUCCGAAGAAGAGCUGGAAGAGCGAAAGGCAGCUUUAAAGGCUGAGCUUGAAGAUCUGCAUACCGAAAUUGCCUCUGUGGCCGAGAUGGUGGUGGAUCAUGAGCUGCGUAAGCCAAUGAUGGACAUGAGAAGUCGGAAAGAGCGAGACACUAUCCAAGCUCGAAGUGCCUGGCUCAACUACGUAGUCACCACCUUGGACUACAUGGCCAAACGCCUCGACACCGUCAAUGACCACACUAGAAACGUCGACGAAUUUCAACAAGCAUUUGCUCACAUUAGCCAAGCUGCGGCGAAGCGAAUGCUGGAUACGAGCAAAGAUGUAUCAAGACCAGAGAUUCGUCGAACAAAGUCCGGCCGAAACUCCAUCUUCUCGCCUGCGCUGAAGUUGAAGCCAACGAAAGCUCUGGACCUGCCACCGGCUCUGCAGGAUGCGCUUCGACACGCCAGCAUCUCGUUCAACCAAGACAGCAUCGAAGCUCUACAAGAAUCCUUGACCAAGGUUCAGCUUGAACGGUCAAAAAAGCUACAGGAUCAUUACAGUUGCGCUACGACAUCGACUCAAGCUGAGCUCGCCGACCGGCUCAGUAUAGCGAAUGCUGAUUUGAGAUCGAUUUUCGGUCCGCUGUACAAGCACACUCCCUUCCAGCAAGUCAACUUGAUGGACACGAAGCUAGAGAAGGAGCUGGAAGAGAUGGACAGAAAAUUGGACGAUGCAACCGAGCAGCUGCUGAGUGCCGAGACAAACGAAUUGAGUUUGAGUGAUCCGAAAGUAAGGGCGUUCAUCGCGAAGUAUGGAAGGUGA